AGGAGGAGGAGACGCGGAAGUACAGCGCUCCAGGGGCCGCCAGAGCUUGCAGGCGGGAUCGUCGCCGCCCGGGGGGCAUGUUGUCCCCGGAGCUGGCGCGCACGCGCCUCGCGCUCCCUCUGCUGCUCCUGCUGCUGCCGCCCCCACCCGGCCCCGCCAGCUGCGCCGCGCCCUACGACCCCACCUGGGAGUCGCUGGACACCCGCCCGCUGCCCGCCUGGUUCGACCAGGCCAAGUUCGGCAUCUUCAUCCACUGGGGCGUGUUCUCCGUGCCCAGCUUCGGUAGCGAGUGGUUCUGGUGGUAUUGGCAAAAGGAAAAGAGACCAAAGUUUGUGAACUUUAUGAAAGAUAAUUACCCUCCUGAUUUUAAGUAUGAAGAUUUUGGACCACUGUUUACAGCAAAAUUCUUUAAUGCAAACCAGUGGGCAGAUAUUCUUCAGGCCUCUGGUGCCAAAUAUGUUGUCUUGACUUCCAAACAUCAUGAAGGCUUUACUUUGUGGGGUUCAGAAUAUUCCUGGAACUGGAAUGCUGUAGAUGAGGGACCGAAGAGGGACAUCGUCAAGGAACUUGAAGUGGCUAUCAGGAACAGAACUGACUUGCGUUUUGGACUGUACUAUUCCCUUUUUGAAUGGUUUCAUCCGAUCUUCCUUGAAGAUGCAUCCAGUUCCUUCCGUAAGCAACACUUUCCAGUUUCUAAGACGUUGCCUGAGCUCUAUGAGUUGGUGAAAAGGUACCAGCCUGAGGUUCUGUGGUCGGAUGGAGACGGAGGGGCACCAGAUUCCUACUGGAACAGCACAACCUUCUUAGCCUGGUUGUACAAUGAAAGCCCAGUUCGGAACACGGUAGUCACCAAUGAUCGUUGGGGAGCUGGCUGCAUCUGUAAGCAUGGUGGCUACUAUACCUGCAGUGAUCGAUAUAACCCAGGACACCUUUUACCACAUAAGUGGGAAAACUGUAUGACAAUAGACAAGUUUUCCUGGGGCUAUAGGAGGGACGCUGGAAUUGGCGACUAUCUUACAAUUGAAGAAUUGGUGAAGCAACUUGUGGAAACAGUUGCAUGCGGAGGAAAUCUUUUGAUGAAUAUUGGGCCCACACUAGAUGGCACCAUUUCUGCAAUUUUUGAGGAGCGAUUAAGGCAAAUGGGGACCUGGCUAAAGGUCAACGGGGAAGCCAUUUAUGAAACCCACACUUGGCGAUCCCAGAACGACAGUGUCACCCCAGAUGUGUGGUAUACAUCUAAACCUAGGGAAAAAUUAGUCUAUGCCAUCUUCCUUAAGUGGCCUACCUCAGGAAAGCUCUUUCUUGGUCAACCCAAAGGUAUCCUGGGGGAAACAGAGGUAAAACUACUGGGACACGGACAGCAACUUAACUGGAUUUCUUCAAAGCCAGAUGGCAUUACGGUAGAACUGCCACAGCUAAGCUUUCCUCAAAUGCCCUGCGAAUGGGGCUGGGCUCUUGCAAUAACUAACGUGAUGUAAGUGCAGCAGAGAGGCCUGUGCGUCAGUCAGCUCUACACUAGGAAAUGUUAGGUGUCUCUAAUUAUACCACGUGGGGAAAGCAAACGUAAAACUGAUCAAGAAAAAUCAAGUAAUUAGACAACACAGCCCUCUCUUCCUUUUCUCCCUCAUUGCCUAAAUUACUCCUGUUAUUAUUUUAACCUCUCAGUGCACUUUACCAUUUCAGUUUCUUCUCUUCACAUUGAAUUCAUUUCCAUGUGUGAGUCAGAGGUGGAAUAAUUUUUUGUUUUAGUUUUGCUAGGAAUUGGUGGUGCUAUGAAUUGUGUGUCGCUGCCCCCAUUCUUACGUUGAAGGUCCUAACCCCCCAUGUGACUAUAUCUGGAAAUAGAGAUUUAUGAAGAGGUAAUUAAGAUUAAGUGAACAUAAGGGUAGGGCUCUAAUUCGAUAGGACUGGUGUCCUUAUAAGGGAAAGAUACCAGAGAUGCAAGAGCACAGAAGAAAGCUAUGUUAAAAUAUAGCAAGAGCCAGGCAUGGUGGCACAUGCCUGUAAUCCUCAGGAGGCUGAGACAGAAGGAUCGCAAGUUCAAAACCAUCCUCAGCAAAAGCAAGGCACUAAGCAAUUCAGCGAGACCCUGUCUCUAAAUAAAAUACAAAAUAAGGCUGGGGAUGUUGCUCACUGGUUGAAUGCCCCUGAAGUUCAAUCCCUGGUACCCCAAAAACAAACCAACCAAAAAAAAAAAAAAAAAAACAAAGCAAGAAGGUAACCAUCUGCAAGCCCAGGAUAGAAGCAUCAAAUCAACUAGAUCUGCCAGUACCUUGAUAUUGGACCUCCAGCCUCCAGAACUGUGAGAAAAUAAAUUUCUGUUGUUUGAGCCACCUA